GAGAGAGAGAGAGAGAGAGAGAGAGAGAGAGAGAGAGUGUGUGUGUGUGGAAAUGAGUUCAGCGUGGGUUGAUGGUACAGAGUAGCAUGCUAGUGGACAAACUCUCAAGUGAUGCCGAUGGAGGCGUACCGUAAUAAGGUCCAGAAGAAUGUAGAGGAAGUCGCAGGCGUCCAAGAUGCAGACCCGCGUAGUACCUCCUUCAUCACCACCACAAUGGCUUCUCACUGGCGGAGAUUAGUUUGUCCCCUUCUCAUGAUUCUGAUAAUGAUAAUGAUAUGUUAGGAUUAAAACAAAUUAUAUGCAAUUAUUGGCUUGCACCGAUCUUCUCCUCAUCUUCAAUUUCUUCUUCUUCUUCUUCUCUCUCUCUCUCUCUAUAUUAUUAUUAUAUUUUUUUUUAAAACCAUCCGCUCCUCCUCGCCCCAAUUCAGUACAAAAUCACUUGCCCCCUUCUUUCUUGUAUCCUCUCUAAGCUCUCUUUAAUUAACCUCAAUCCGAUCAACCCAGCUAGCAGUAGCAGCAUGGUUACUGUACUCGUGGUCCCCAACCCCACCUUGGUUCCUCUUAGUCCUCCUCCUCAUCGUCCUAGAGGAGGAGGAGGAAGAUCAGGAGGAAUUAUUAAUAUUAAUCACCAUCACCAUCCCUCGUACCCUGCAGCCCUUGGCUUUAGCGCUGGGAAGAAGAAGCAGAAACCCCUCUUGUGCUCCGCCCAUUCCGCUGCAGAAGCAGACCAGGAUGAGCUCUCACCGUCUUCGCCGCUUCCCUCUGGACUGCAGAGGGAAUUGCUGCCCAAGCAUGUGGCUGUGAUAAUGGAUGGCAACUCGAGGUGGGCGGCGUCGAGGGGGUUGCCCGCUUCGGCAGGUCAUGAGGUAGGAUACAGGUCUCUCAAAGACAUUGUUACCCUCUCCUGCAGGUGGGGGAUCAGAGCUCUCACCGUCUUCGCUUUCUCCUCCGAGAAUUGGCAACGUCCCAAGACAGAAAUUGACUUCCUCAUGAUGCUCUUCGAGAAUGUUCUCAAGGAAAAUAUAACCCACUUCUUAAGGGAAGGCAUUCGGAUAUGCAUCAUCGGUGAUUUGUUGAAGCUCCCAAGAUCUUUACAAAAGCUGGCACAAGAAGUAGAGGAAAGCACUAAGAACAACUCACAAUUUGAUUUGAUUGUGGCAAUUAGCUAUAGUGGGCGAAGUGAUAUAGUGCAGGCAUGCCAAAGCAUUGGAGAAAAGAUAAAACAAGGCCUUCUUGAACCUACAGAAAUUACUGAAUCUCUGAUUGCGCAAGAACUCGAGACAAACCGUAUCACGAAUUUUAAUUACCCAGACCUACUUAUUCGAACUAGUGGGGAGCUGAGACUGAGCAACUUCCUACUCUGGCAGUCAGCUUACACAGAGCUUUACUUUACGAAAGUGCACUGGCCUGACUUCAGAGAAGCUGAUUAUAUUGAGGCUUUAAGUUCAUUUCAAAUGCGGCAGAGGCGCUUCGGUAAACGAACUGUUUAAGAACAGGUCCACUUGGACUUGUUGAGAUGUGCCGAGCUUCAUAAAAAGUUAUCAUGUAUGUUACUUUACUACCCGAUUAAAGCAGUUGUCACUGUUCAAAGGAAAGCCGAUGCCUUACCAUGUAUUUGAUCACAUAAACCCCCAACUCAACUAAGUCAUUCUUGGGGAAUUACCCUCAUAGUGAAAAACAUCUGUUUAUAUUUAGUCAUGGACUAUAAUCCAUUCGAGUAAGUAGUCAAUUGCUUAAUGCAUGUACUUGUUGAGAUAUCAUCGAUCCAUUAUUUGGUAAUAGGUGUCUGCUGAAAGAUGCAAGCGUAUA